ACAAAACCAAAAACAUCAGAUCUUGAAGAAGAAGAAGAACCUAAAGCUUACUACGAAUUUUUCCGAGAAGAUGACUUUCACUGUUCCGAUUGAUAACGGAGAUUCUGUGAAGAUCGCAGAAGAAGAAUCACAAAGAACUCUGUACCCAUAUGUUACUGGAACUUCAAUUGUUGCAAUCAAGUACAAAGAUGGGGUUUUGAUGGCUUCUGAUAUGGGAGGUUCAUAUGGAUCAACCUUAAGAUACAAGAACAUUGAGAGAGUGAAGGCUAUUGGUAAACAUUCUCUUCUUGGUGCCAGCGGAGAAAUCAGUGACUUUCAGGAGAUUCUGCGUUAUCUUGAUGAGCUCACCCUGAAUGAUAACAUGUGGGAUGAUGGUAAUUCUUUGGGGCCAAAAGAGAUUCACAACUAUCUGACCCGUGUGAUGUACAACCGUCGCAACAAGUUUAACCCUCUGUGGAACACUCUUGUCCUUGGAGGCGUCAAAAAUGGGAAGAGUUACCUUGGAAUGGUGUCAAUGAUUGGUGUUAGUUUUGAGGACGAUCAUGUCGCCACUGGAUUUGGAAACCACCUCGCUAGGCCAAUUCUUCGUGAUGAGUGGCAUGCGGACCUGAGUUUUGAAGACGGUGUCAAGCUCCUUGAGAAAUGUAUGCGUGUGCUUCUUUACCGUGACAGAUCCGCUAUUAACAAGCUUCAGAUAGCGAAGAUUACGGAAGAAGGCGUGACUGUCUCACAGCCAUACUCAUUGAAGACAUUCUGGGAAUUCUCGUCAUUCCACAACCCAACUGCUGGUGCUGAAGGCUCCUGCCGUAUGCUUUCAUAGCUCCGGCGUUGAUUCUGCUAUGGUUAGUCUUCGUUGUUUUAGAUAUUCGGUGGUUUUGUUCCUCAUCCGGCCAAUUUGAUUUGUUGGCUUUCUUCAUUGGGUUCGGAUAUGGAGAUGUUUUGGCUACGGUCCUUCCAGCCAUAUCUCUGUUAUUAAAUUCGCCAUGUCUUG